GCGUGAGUAGUCAGUCUGUCCUGCCUUCACAAAAAGGAGCGCCCCUUUUCCCUGUUUUAUUCACGAGAAAAAUACCGUCAUAGGUUAACGUGCUUUUGUAAAUCUAACAAUAGGGAUGAACGAUGACAAGGUUCCUGAAGAGUUCCCUGAAGGAUUGCCGGAUGUUCCAGAGGAGCUCCUGGCAGCCUUGCAUGAAGCCCCAUCUGAGACAGAUUCUGAGACUGUGCCGGAGACCUUAGCUGUGGAAGAAAGUGACAUUGUGCCAGGCUCACAUGAAAAAAGAGAACCAAUAGAGGACACCAGGACACUUGCUGAGCCUGAGGAAUAUUCAGGGUCAUCCGGUGGGCAAAAAGCCGAGGCUGCUGGACACUGUGACCCGAGCAAGUACUACAUCCUAGUAGGGACAGUAGCAGCCUCAGCUUUGCUUCUGCUUGGGGCAGUGUCUGGGUAUGUAGUCAUGCAUCAGCUGCUGAAGAGAGACAGGAGGAGCCAGGAGGACAAAGAGGCAACAGGACAGGACUGGGACUCUCCUUGGGAAAGCUGUGGUCAGCCUAGAGGUGAAGCAGAGUCAGGAGAAGGAGCGGGAAGCGGCAAGAGAGCCCAAGGCAACGGGUUCAGGGACAGCUGCCGCCUGUUUCCUGAGCUCUUUGUAGCAGAGCUCGCCCAGUUGUACAAGAACAUGGGUGCAGACCCGUCACCUCUGCCCACCUGCUCCUUCUGUGCUCUGGCUGACAAUGCCUCUUCACAGGACCACUGGAUUUCCCUGGAGUCACCUCAGCCCACAGCAUCCUCUUGGCCCUCCUACCAAUACCUGCAAGACUACUAUCUGUUAGAGGAUGAUGAUUAGUGAUAGCGAUAGAUGAUUAGUGAUAGUGAUAGCCAUAAAUAGUGAUAGUGGUAGUGAUUCUUUUAGUGGUAGUGAUAGGGACACUUGAUAUGAGAGGGUGGUGGUUGUUUUAAUGAUAGUGAUAGUUAAUAUUAGAGGAUAGUGAUUGUUUUAAUGAUAGCGUUAGUCAAUAUUAGGGGAUAGUGAUUGUUUCAAUGAUAGCGUUACUUGAUAUUAGAGGACAGUGAUUGUAUUAGCGAUAGUGAUAGU